AUGCAGACUCCGCAGAAAACCCAAAGCCUCAGACCCUUCAAGCAGAGGAAGAGUUUAGCAACCAGACAAGAGGAAAUUGCUGGAAUCUGGGCAAAGCUCCCAAACAAGAUCCCAGUGGAGCACUACCCCAGGGAGAGGUUCCUGCCUCCGCUGGACAAGACCGAGUUCCUGGUCCCUCAAGAGCUGACCGCCACCCAGGUCCUCAGCAUCCUCCGGGGCUGCCUGGUCCUCUGGGCCUCUGAAGGCUUUUCCUUGCUGGUGAACAAUAAGAGCCUGGUCAGCAUGAAUGUGAUCAUGGCAGAGGUCCACGGGGACUACCAGGAUGAGGAUGGCUUCGUGGACAUGACCUGUGCCCCCCAGGAGAAGUUCGGCUGCUUGGGCUCUGGCAAGACCUCUGCAGAGCGUGUCAAGAACCUGGCCUCACACGUGCGGAGAGACGGACCAGCCCCAGUGUGGGUGGGGGGCAGUGGCCAUCGCCGGACAUCACAGGCAGGCCCGGUGUCCCAGUCUCCUCUAUGGGGCUCCUGGCUCCUGUGGGUUUCCUUGUGGGUUCCAGGAUGGCACCAUCCUCAGAAGGAGCAGGGGGAGGGCAUGCGAUCCAAGGAACCAAGACAGCAGCUGGCAUGUCCCUAG